AUGGUACGGAAUCUCGAGUAUCCCAAAAAGCCCCAAAACACUCUCAAGCGAUACAACAAUAGAGGAACAUAUGAUCUUGGACCAAUCCAUACCAUCAUCAACACCACUUCAGUGCUCCAUGUCUCAUUCCCACCGGGACCGGAUCAACCCUUUCCGGCGAUCCUCCCAAUGAUAGGAGUGAUGGGAUCAUUUGACUAUCCCUCUGCCAGCCUCGACGAGCCAUUGGACUGCUAUCUCCACGGCUACGUUAGUUCGCGGCUGAUGCGUAUCGCUCGCGACUCAGCUGAAGGACUACCCGUCUCGAUAGCGGCAACCAAAGUCGACGGCCUGGUGUUGUCCUUGACGCCCAACUCACACAGUUAUAACUACCGGUCAGCAGUUCUGCAAGGUUACGCCAAACCGGUCGACUCCGACGACGAGAAAAUCUAUGCCAUGCAGUUGAUCACCGAUAAAGUGGUUGCCAAGCGUUGGGAAAAUACGCGGGUCCCGCCUGAUAAUGUGGAAAUGACGUCUACCACGAUUCUGAGGGUCAAGAUUGAGACGGGCAGUGGAAAGAUUCGUCAGGGUGGUCCACACGACGAGGCCAAAGAUGAGAGUCGUGAUGAGAUCACGGAGAAGGUCUGGACGGGCGUGGUGCCAGUGUAUGAAGCUUUCGAAGCGCCCAUUCCAAGUGAGACGAACAAGGUCAAAGAGAUUCCUGCUUAUAUCACCUCCUAUGUCAAUUCGACGAAUGAUGGGAAUAAGAAGACUGCUUUGAAUGCGGUCAAUGAGCCUUGA